AUGUCCCACAGAUCCGCCAAAAGACCGGCGAAAGCCGACAAAACACUGUUCUUCAUGGCAAAAGCCGCGCAUGGGAAACAAGGCCGCGAGGAAACCCAAGAUGGCGGCGGCCACGGAUCCAGGGAAGUUUCUCCAUCUCCUCCCUCCUCACCCACCUCACUACUGGAGGACAGUCCCCUCACACUGGCCACAAUGAAGUCCUUUAUGGCAGACUUCACAAUGCAGAUCCAAAGCACCAUCGAGGGGCAGCUCAAAUCACUGGCAGGUGAGCUUAAGAGAGAUAUACAGGACCUGGGCCUACGCACAUCACAUAUAGAGAAUGCAGUCAGCAAACAUGCCUCCGCUCACAACAGCAUGGCUGACCAGCUACACCAGAUGCAGCAACUAAUCCAAGAACAAAACCUGAAACUUGCUGACCUGGAGGAUAGAUCCAGGAGGAAUAAUCUGCGCAUCAGAGGUAUUCCUGAAUCAAUCACAAAUGAAGCCCUACACAGUUACCUCCAGGCCUUUUUCCUAGAGCUGAUUCCAGAGGUCCACCCGGAUCAAGUAGUUCUGGACAGAACGCACAGACUCAGGAGACCCCAGCAUCUGCCUACUUCAACGGCCAGAGAUGUAAUCACCAGAGUGCAUUUCUUCCACAUCAAGGAGAAGAUUGUUAAAGCUGCUAGAAAAGAUAACCUACCCUCCCAAUACGAAAACCUGAAGAUUUUCGCGGACUUGUCAGCGCACACACUCCAAUUCCGCAAGUCACUCGCUCCUAUCACCACCGCACUGAGAGCGCAGGAGGUUCCGUAUCGGUGGGGCUUCCCAGCGAAACUUAUCGUCCACCACGACAACUCCAAUCACCCUAUCACGUCAGUGGAGGAAGGCUUGAAGAAGCUGGAAGACUGGGGGCUCCCCAAACCGGAUGUACCGGUGCAACCCGCGAAAAAGAUACCAAGACUGUCGGUGGACUGGUCCAGAGCCUAA